UAUGGGACUUAAAGACUAGUUCAGUUUAAAGUAAUUAUGAAAAAAAAGAAAGAAAGAAAGAAAGAAAGAAAGAAAGAAACAAUAACAUGUUUUUUAUACAAUCGAUUCUUCGUUGAAUUAUGAAGUACGUAGCAUAAAAUAUUCAAUUAAAUUCAUAAGGAAUAUGAAUAGUCAAAUGAUUUCAAUUGAAGGUUAAACAUCUAUUGGAUUGUAGUCCAAUUAAUUUGUUGUCAUUUCGAAACACAAUCUUUUUAUCCUUCUUAUCAACUGCUUUAUAUAACACACUCUAAAUAAUUAUAUAAAAAAAACAUAAUUAAGAAUGUUCAUCAUUUGUUCCUUCGUAGCUCUUAAACAGAUGCCCUCAUUGACACUUUGCCCAUCGAGUUCGUAUAAUUUUCAAAUGACAAUCUUGUGGAACAUGAUAAAGUUUCAUGGUAAAGGCAUCAUCGUAGAAGAAUCUCCUUUUUGGGGAACGUCGUGAAACCGCGGAGGAAUUCCUUAAAAAGGAGCGAAUCGUUGAAAAAAUUUUCGGUAAAAGACAAGAGUCCUCGUUCUUUUACCACUCAUACCAAUCCUUAAUCCUAAAUUUCAAAUUUUCAAUUCAUCGAUUAAGCGGAGAAAAAUAUUCGGCGAUAUGGGUAAUUGUAUCGAGAAAGAAACGGAAAAUUUUUUGGCGCUGAUGGGUCCACGAGCGGACACUACACCUUUGAAGGAGGGUGAAGAGUGCAUAAUUUUUCUGAUAGGUGGCCCUGGUGUCGGGAAAAGUACGUUGGCUAAAAAAUUGUCCUCCCAGUAUAAUUUGAAGCUGAUAUCUGUGACAAAUAUAUUACGCGAAGAGGUCAAUAAACAAACAGAUAGAGGAAAUUUUUUCAAGUCCUACAUGCAAAAAGGUAACAUCGUACCGGCUGAGUUUAUCGUUCAACUGGUGGUGCGGGAAAUGCUAAAAAAUCCGACUACGAUUGGUUAUCUAGUUGUUGGUUUCCCACGGGAUAAGAAACAGGUUAUUCAUUAGAUUACUUUGAUUAGACGUUUCUCAACCCUUUCAUAGCGCGAUAACCUUAUGCAUUAUUCGUGUAAUAAAAUCGUAAUCCAAAU